AUGGAGUUGCUAUGGAAACUUAUACUGCUGCUGUCAUUGGUGGAGUGUCUGGCAGGAAGCGGAGUCCUGCUGAGGCCCGUGUUCACCAAACAGCCAGGCAGUGUGGUGUUUCCCAUUCAGCCCGGCGAGAACCGCAGAGAGGUGGUGUUUAGCUGCGAGGCCCAGGGACACCCACUACCCUCCUACAGGUGGAGGCUAAAUGAGUCUUUGAUCCUGCCCAGACCGGGGUCACGUUACUCUCUCAUGGGAGGAAACUUACGCAUCAGCCAUCUGAAUAAAGAGGAGGAUGUUGGCAUCUAUCAGUGUCUGGCAUCCAACUCUUUUGGCACCAUCGUCAGCAGAGAGGCCAGUCUGCAUGUUGCAUACUUGGAGAAUUUCAAGACCCAGAGAAGAAGUCCGGUGAGGGUUCGCGAAGGUCAAGGAGUGGUCUUGCUGUGCGGCCCGCCCCCCCACUCCGGAGAUCUCACCUUCACGUGGAUCUUCAACGCGUACCCGUCGUUUGUCAUCCAGGACACGCGGCGAUUUGUGUCCCAGAAGACGGGCAACCUCUACAUCGCCAAAGUGGAACCCUCCGAUGUGGGCAACUACACUUGCGUCGUCACCAACACGGUCACCAAAAGCAGCGUUCAGGGACCACCGACGCCUCUGGUCCUGCGGGUUGAUGGUGUGAUGGGCGAGUACGAGCCAAAGAUUGAAGUGCAGUUCCCCGAAGUCGUCCCUGUCGCUAAGAGCUCAACUGUCAAACUGGAGUGUUUUGCACUCGGAAACCCAGUGCCAACCAUCAGCUGGAGGAGAGUGGAUGGAGCCUCGUUCGGCAGGAAGGUGGACAUAAAUAAAGCCAGCGGCGUUUUGGAGAUCCCUUAUUUCCAGCAGGAGGAUGCAGGGAUAUAUGAAUGUGUGGCUGAGAACAGCAGAGGAAGAAACUCGGUUAAAGGAAAGCUGUCUUUCUAUGCUGCGCCUCACUUGACUGAGAAGCCUCAAGAUGUUCAGAAGACUAUCGAUGACACUCUGGUGUGGGAAUGCAAAGCCAGCGCAAAGCCCAAACCCUCGUACCGCUGGCUGAAGAACGGAGAGCCGCUGGACCCCAUGGAGGACAGAGUUCAGCUGAACAAUGGAGUGUUAACGAUCAGCAGUUUGAAUCUGGCUGACAUCGGCAUGUACCAGUGUGUGGCAGAGAACAAGCACGGUCGGAUCUUCACCAACGCUGAGCUGCGAGUUGUAGCCAUUGCUCCAGACUUCUCCCAGAACUUGCUGAAGCCCCAAACUUUGGCCCGACAGGGUGGCGACGUUCUAAUCGAAUGCAAGCCCAGGAUGUCUCCUCGGGGCGUGAUUUCAUGGAGGAAGGGGAAGGAAGCCCUGAGAGAGAGCCACAGAGUUAUGGUGCUGGAUAAUGGAAGUCUACGGAUUUCAAAUGUCACUAAAUUGGAUGCUGGACUCUACACGUGUGUGGCCAGAAACCAGUUUGGAGUAGCGAGCAGUGCUGGCAGCCUUUUGGUUAAAGAGGCGACUGUAAUCACCAGCCCAGCCGGCCACCUGGACGUGACUGUCGGUGAGAGCAUCGUGAUGCCCUGCCAGGUGUCACACGACCCGACGCUGGACCUCAAGUUCACCUGGUUCUUCAACGAGCAGCUCAUCCACUUUGGAAGCCACGGGGCCUAUUUUGAAAAAGUUGGUGGGCGGUCGGAUGGUGACAUUAUGAUCCGGAACAUUCAGCUGAGGCAUGCUGGGAAAUAUACCUGUGCGGUUCAGACCAAGGUGGACAGUGUGUCUAUUGCCACCGAUGUCGUCGUAAGAGGUCCUCCAGGCCCCCCUGUGGACUGUCAGGUGACCGAGAUGACGGAGACCACGGCCCCUCUGUCCUGGGGACCGGGCUCGGACAACCACAGCCCCGUCCUCAGCUACACCAUCCAGGCCAGGACGCCCUUCUCUCUCGGGUGGCAAGCCGUCACCACUGUUCCUGAGCUGCUGGGGGGGAAGCAGCUGUCAGCCACUGUCAUUGACUUGAGUCCCUGGGUGGAGUAUGAGUUCAGAGUCUUGGCAACCAACAGCAUAGGAACAGGAGAGCCCAGCAAACCCUCCACAAAGGCCCGCACCAAAGAAAUGCUUCCAAGAGUGACUCCAGCGAGGGUGAAUGGUGGCGGCGGAGGACGUUCGGAGCUGGUCAUCACAUGGGAGCCUGUUCCUGAGGAGCUGCAGAGCGGUCCGGGCUUCGGAUACGUGGUGGCUUUCCGCCCACUCGGGGCGCAAGGUUGGAUGCAGGCUGCCGUCACGUCGCCAGAUGCUUCCAGAUACGUCUUCAAGAAUGAGAGCAUCCCUCCCUUCUCCCCUUACCAAGUUAAAGUCGGGGUUUACAACAACAAGGGAGAAGGACCCUUCAGUACAGUGACGACUAUUUACUCAGCAGAGGAAGAGCCCAGCAGAGCUCCGGGGAGGCUGAGGGCGAAGAGUGUAUCAGCAUCCGAGGUAGAGGUCACCUGGAAGCCGCUGGCCUGGAGUAACAACCGCAGACGCAUCCUGGGCUAUGAGUUGCAGUAUUGGGGUGAGAAGGAAAAGCAGGCUGCAGCCAGCGUGAUCAGGACGGUGGGGAAUAAAACUUCAGUACUCAUCAGGGAUCUGGAGGGCAGCAGUACCUAUUUCAUGUCCCUGCGGGCCUACAACAGCGCUGGAGUGGGUCCACAGAGCAGCAUAGUCAACGUCACAACCAAGAAGCCACCUCCUAGUCAAGCCCCGGUCAAAAUCAUGUGGAACACUUCCAACUCCAAGGUUAUCCUGAGGUGGGACCAAGUGCACGCUUUAGAGAAUGAGUCGGAGGUCACAGGAUACAAGGUGAUGUACAGCCAGGACAAGCACAGCCGACCCAAUGUGGUGGAGACCAACAACACCUCCUUGGAGUUGUCGCUGCCAGUCAACCAAGGUUACGUGAUCCAGAUCAAACCCUUCAGUGAGGGAGGAGAAGGCAUCAGCAGCCGCCAGAUCACCAUCCCCAAGAUAGCAGGCUCCAUACCCACAGGAGCAGCUCCAGAGACCUUUCCCUCCAUCAACCUUGCAGUCCUAAUCCUCACAGCCAGAACGGUGCUAUGA